AUGGAGCGGGUGAGCGAGGCCGCCGCCUGCGGCCCCUCGGCGGGCUGCUACACCUACCAGGUGAGCCGGCACAGCGCCGACGUGCUGCACAGCCUCAACCAGCAGCGCAAGAACGGCGGCCGCUUCUGCGACGUGCUCCUACGCGUGGGCGACGAGAGCUUCCCGGCGCACCGCGCCGUGCUGGCCGCUUGCAGCGAGUACUUCGAGUCGGUGUUCAGCGCGCAGCUCGGCGACGGGGCAGGUGGCGGCGGCGGCGGCGCGGAGGGGAGCGCGGCGGAGGCGGCGGCCGGCGGGGCUGCGGCGGCGACCGGCGGCGCCCCCGGGGGCGGGCGGGAGCUGGAGAUGCACACCAUCAGCUCCAAGGUGUUCGGGGACAUCCUGGACUUCGCCUACACGUCGCGCAUCGUGGUGCGGCUGGAGAGCUUCCCGGAGCUCAUGACGGCCGCCAAGUUCCUGCUGAUGCGCUCCGUGAUCGACAUCUGCCAGGAGGUCAUCAAGCAGUCCAACGUGCAGCUCCUCGUGCCCCCCGCACGCCCUGACAUCAUGCUGUUCCGUCCGGGGGCCGCCGACCUCGGCUUCCCUCUUGACAUGACCAACGGUGCCGCUUUGGCCCCCAAUGGCAAUGGCAUCGCUGGCAUGCCUGAAGACGAGGCCACGCGGGCCGCGCUCACCGCUGCGCAGUCCUCCCUGCCUGUCCUGCAGGGCGUGGACCGCCUGCCCAUGGUGGCCGGACCUCUGUCCCCACCACUGCUGGCCUCGCCCUUCCAGAAUGUUGCUGCUAGUGCCCCCACUUUAAGCACCAAGAGGGGCAGAGGGCGUCCCCGUAAAGCCAAUCUCUUGGACUCCAUGAUGUUUGGUAGCCCGGGGGGCCUGCGAGAGGCUGGUAUCCUGCCUUGCGGUCUCUGCGGGAAGGUAUUCACGGAUGCUAAUCGUCUUCGGCAGCACGAGGCUCAACACGGGGUGACAAGCUUACAGCUGGGCUACAUAGACAUCCCACCCCCACGGCUGGGUGAAAAUGGGGUUCCCGGUCAGGACGAUCCCGACGCACCUCGGAAAAGAAGCAGGACGAGGAAACAGGUGGCCUGUGAGAUCUGUGGCAAGAUUUUUCGGGACGUGUACCACCUGAAUCGGCACAAGCUGUCACACUCUGGCGAAAAGCCUUACUCUUGUCCGGUGUGUGGCUUGAGGUUCAAGCGAAAAGACAGGAUGUCCUAUCAUGUUCGAUCGCACGAUGGCUCUGUGGGAAAGCCCUACAUCUGCCAGAGCUGUGGAAAAGGCUUUUCCAGGCCAGACCACUUGAAUGGACACAUCAAACAGGUGCAUACCUCAGAGAGACCUCACAAGUGUCAGCAGGAAAAUGGCAGCCACCAUGGAAUAAGCUCAGAGACAUCCACAUCCAUAGAAAAGUUGAAACUUCAAGAGACCUGCAAUGCUUCCUUUGCCACUCGGGACCGGCUGCGCUCGCACCUGGCGUGUCAUGAGGACAAGGUCCCGUGCCAGGUGUGUGGGAAGUACCUGAGAGCAGCAUACAUGGCAGAUCACUUGAAGAAGCACAGUGAAGGACCAAGCAAUUUCUGCACUAUCUGUAACCGAGGUUUCUCCUCUGCCUCCUACUUAAAGGUCCAUGUUAAAACCCACCACGGUGUUCCCCUUCCCCAGGUCUCCAGGCACCAGGAGUCCAUCCCGAAUGGGGGAGCAGCGUUCCACUGCGUCAGGACCUAUGGCAUCAAAGAAGGCCAGAAAUGUUCACAUUCGGACCCGAUUGAGAGUUCUGAUUCCUAUGGAGACCUCUCUGACACCAGUGACCUCAAGACUCCUGAGAAGCAGAGCACCAAUGGGUCCUUCUCGUGUGACCUGGCAGUCAGCAAAAACAAAAUGGAGGUGGAAGGAGAGAAGAAGUACCCGUGCCCCGAAUGCGGCAGCUUUUUCAGAUCCAAGUCUUAUCUGAACAAACACAUACAGAAAGUGCACGUCAGGGCCCUUGGGGGCCCGCUGGGGGACCUGGGUCCUGCUCUGGGAUCCCCCUUCUCACCCCAACAGAACAUGUCUCUUCUGGAGUCCUUUGGGUUUCAGAUCGUCCAGUCAGCAUUUGCAUCGUCCCUGGUGGAUCCAGAGGUCGACCAGCAACCAAUGGGGCCAGAGGGGAAAUGAGAUCAGUUGGAUCUUAACAAAGCAAAGCAGCAGUCUGGCCCUAAUGAUAAGAUGCUGUGAAUGAAAGAGGAAAUAAUGAAAUUUGGUUCUAUAGCUGAGAAUUUUUUAUUCAUUUUAGCUUCCUUCUUUGUCUCAUGCCCUACCCCACCUUUAAACCUUCACUGGGGAGAGGGAGAAAAUGCUUCUUUAGCUGAUAAAUUACAGAGGAUGGUGGCCUUGAAUAGGAGAUAUGACCCAAAACAAAUGGAGCUUUAGAGGCUGCUGGUGGUGUUUCCCUUGUGUUCUUUGAGAGUAAUCAAGAGUUACCAGCACUGGUCUGAGAAUGAGACAGUCCUAGUGACCGAGGCACCUGGGGAGCUGCAGCUACAGGGAGCUGUGAUUUUUUUCUCCCUCUAUUCCCCUGCCCUCCCUAAACUCCCCCAGAAAAACAGUAAGUUUAAAAAACAGACCCAUUAUUGAAUAUAAGGUUAAGUAAAAUGCCCCAUGGUUCCUAGCAGGUUACAAUGCAGUUGUCCUUUUAAAACCAGAAACAUUUAAAGAAGGUGAGAGAAUUCGAUCCCCUUCUGCCUUUGUGAGGCUGUGAGUGCUGCAGCAGGACUGAACUGCUGAGAAAAAUCACCUUUCAGAACAGGUUGUUUUGAUUACUUUUGACCAUUAAACUUGCUGUCAGGUUUUUAAUUCUUUAUUAUUAUUAUUAUUUUAGGACCUGUUGUAGUGAAUUGCUACUGAAAAGCCAGUCUAAGGCGGUACACAGAGCACUCGUAAAGCAGCAGUCACAUUAGGGUUAGUAUGAGAUUUUUUUUUUUUUUUAGAUGUACCAUAAUUAAUAACUUGGCUAGUUGGUUGUUUUAAGUCUAUGAAAGAAAUAGUUUUUAUGAAAAUAAAAAAAGAGAAAAAAAAAAAGGAAGGAAAAAUACCAUUACAGUCUGGUUGACUGGUGCUCAUUUUUCAUGUGGGGACCUAGGGGAUGAACACGAUCAGCUAUCGGGUUAACACUAUGUACCACUGACUUGUUUAGUGUGAAUAAACCCAGGGGUUCUCAGAGUGAUUUUGGUUUAAUUGGAUUGGACUCUAUUAAAGAAGUUAGUAUGUUACUUUGCA